CACCAUUUUUCAACUAAACCAAGGAAAAGGAAGAACAUGGAAAUCUUUUCUCUGCAAUCUCUUCUCUUCUUUCUUCUCUCCAUCUCUCUCUUCAUUUUCUUGCAUGGACAAAACCAAUCAAAGAAACCAAAUUCCAAAGGCAUCAAAGCAUACCCAAUAGUCGGGAACUUGCCGGAAUUCCUGAAGAACCGGCACCGGCCCCACGACUGGUUUACGGAAGUCCUUGCCGAUCAACCGACCAAUACGGUAACAUUCCAACGGCCCGGGAAAGUCCGGGAAGUAAUUACGGCGAAUCCAAUGAAUGUAGAGUACAUGCUCAAGACCAACUUCGACAACUACCCGAAAGGAGAUCUCUUCAUCUCGUUGUUGGAAGACUUCCUCGGCGGCGGCAUCUUUAACUCCGACGGCGAGCUAUGGAAGGUGCAAAGAAAGACAGCGAGCUUCGAAUUCAACACGAAAUCGCUUCGUAAUUUUGCUGUGGAGACCGUGCACUUCGAGAUACAACAUCGAUUAUUGCCGCUGUUACAGAAAUCCAGUGAAAAUGGAGAAACUGUCGACCUGCAAGAUAUUCUUGAACGUUUUUCAUUCGAUAAUGUCUGCAAGGUAGCCUUUAAUGCAGACCCCGCAUGCCUCGGUGGUGAUGGAGAUUCCAGCAGCGAGCUCUCCCCCAACUUUUCCCGCGCUUUCAGUGACGCGACUAAUCUCAGCGCUGAACGGUUCUUGUACGUGAUGCCAUUCCUGUGGAAAAUCAAGAAGCUAUUCAACAUCGGCUCAGAAAGGCGGCUGAGAGAAUCAAUCAUGAUUGUCCAUGACUUUGCGACGAAGAUCAUACGGUCUAAGAAGAAAGAUGGUUCCAAUCACAAUGACGAUCUCCUAUCCCGAUUCAUCGCGAGUGGCGAUAACUCGGACGACUUCCUCCGAGACAUCGUCGUGAGCUUCAUACUCGCUGGGCGCGACACCACAUCGACAGCACUUGCAUGGUUCUUUUGGCUACUCUCAUCAAGACCAGACGUCGAGCAGAAGAUCUUGGAUGAGCUGAAAUCAGUACGUUCUCGAAACCCUAAUUCUGGUGAAGUUUUCAGUUUAGAAGAACUACGAGAAAUGCAUUAUCUCCAUGCAUCGAUAUCGGAAGCGUUGAGGCUCUAUCCACCGGUGGCGAUCGAUUCGAAGGAAUGCUUGAAAGACGACGUGUUACCGGAUGGAACCUUCAUUAGGAAAGGUUGGUUUGUGGCAUACCAAGCUUAUGCAAUGGGGAGAAUGGAAAGCAUAUGGGGGAAAGAUAGUCGGAGCUUCUUGCCGGAACGGUGGUUGGAGAACGGGUCUUUUCGGCCCGAGAGCCCAUUUAAGUAUCCGGUUUUCCAUGCGGGACCCAGGAUGUGCCUUGGGAAGGAGAUGGCAUAUAUACAGAUGAAGUUGAUUGCUGCAUGUCUGAUCGAGAGGUUCGAAAUCGACGUACUUGAGAAGAACAAGUGUCCCGAGCAUAUGCUUUCUUUGACGUUGAGGAUGAAAGAAGGGUUGCCAACACGCAUAAAAAAGAAAUGUGAUUAUGUAGGGCAUAUUUAGGUAAAAAGAAGGUAA